AUGUCGCAGAACUCGCAGAACUCGCAGAACUCACAGAACAUACACUCCGCGCCAAGCCAGUCUGGAGCACAGGGCUGGAACGGGAGUGUUACAAGCUCAAACGGUGCUGAAACUGCACCCAGCAUUCUUGGAAGUACAAACCGGCCGAAUCAACCGCUCCAGCAGCAGCUGCAACAGUUUGUUCUGCCGUCGAUCAGCGGACUUGAAAACGGACACCACGGGGAACAGCAACGGCUGCCCUUCAUGCCCCGGCCAAAGGGCUUCUCUGUUGCCAGUCUGGAUAAUCCACUGCCUGCACAACAACAACAACAACAACAACAACAACAACAACAACAACAACAACAACAACAACAACAACAACAACAACAACAACAGCAGCAGCAGCAGCAGCAGCAGCAGCAGCCGCCCGACGGUAAAGGUGCUCCCAUCACCACACUUCCUGCAGAGCACGUUCCUGGCACCUCGUUCAAACCACUCAACUUCAAGGACGCACUUUCGUAUCUGGAGCAAGUGAAGUUCCAGUUCAACAGCCGGCCAGAUGUGUACAACCAUUUCCUGGACAUCAUGAAGGACUACAAGUCACAGGCCAUCGACACGCUCGGUGUCAUCGAACGCAUCUCGACCCUGUUCAAGGGCUAUCCGGUCCUCAUCCAGGGCCUCAACACGUUUUUGCCCCAGGGCUACAGAAUCGAGUGUGCUCAGGACCCCAAGGACCCCAAUUUCAUUUCCGUGACUACUCCUUUCGAUAACGCCAAUCGCCCCACAAGGCUUGAAACACACGAUAUAUCUGUCUCCAACACCGCGAGCGCUGCGACAGCUGCAUUACCGCAUCAGCUCAGCGAUACUCCCACAUCUCAGAGCGCUGCCGUCUCUGAGCAGGCCAGGAUUGAUGUAGUUCAACCCGCAUUACCGGGACCACCACCCGUCUUCCCAGCUGGAAAUCAACAACAGCAGCAAAUGCCGGUGCGUCACGCUGAACAAGCUGAACAGCAAUUACCUUCGAGCCUUCGGAGUCCACAAUCCCAGCAGCCUUCCCAGCAGCCGCCCCAGUCACUUCAACCUCAGAAGCCAUCUCAUGCACAGCCACCACAGCAAUAUCUGGCAGCCAGGAACGCUGGUGAUGUCGAAUUUAGCCACGCAAUCAGCUAUGUGAACAAGAUCAAAACAAGGUUCGCGGAUCAACCCGAUAUUUACAAACACUUUUUGGAGAUUUUACAAACCUACCAAAGGGAGCAGAAACCUAUUCAUGAAGUCUAUGCUCAAGUAACGGCUUUGUUUCAGCACGCACCAGACCUACUUGAUGACUUCAAGAAAUUUUUGCCGGACGCUACUGCCGCUCACGAACAACAUAUGCAGCGCAUUCAGCAACAGCAACAACAACAUAUUCAACAUUUGCAGCAAUUGCAGCAACAGCAGCAACUCCAAAUACAGCAAAUGAAUCAAAAUGCACAGUUUCCUGGACAUCUUCAACAGGAGCAACAUCCAGAUCAGGCUCAGUUGUCACUGCAUCAAGAACAGCUGCGUCAACAUCAAGAAUUAGAGCAACACCGGCAAAAUUUACAACACUCGUACAAUGGCGGACCAGCAUUUUUUCAGCCACAGCAGGCAACGACACAGAACCUUCCACCACUUGGAAGCUUCUCUCCUCCUAUGAAUGGACGUGAGAACGAGCCACAUAUAAAUUUACCGGCUGUCCAAGAAGCUGGGCCAAACCUAUCAUAUCGGUCGCCUCAGCAAUCCGCUCAGAUUCCUGCUCAGGGGAUCGUCAGUACUGCUUUACCUGUUUCGGACCUUCGCGGCCCUAUCGAUGGCGGCUUUGCUCCGCCUUCAUUGCAUACCCAAGAUAUACAGUACUUGGAGCCAACCUCAAGACCAGAGAUUGAUUUAGACCCCAGUUUGGUUCCCGUCAUUCCUGAACCAAUUAAACCACUGGAAACUGACAUAACACUGAUUGAAGAAACUUCAUUUUUCGACAGGGCUAAAAAGUAUAUGGGAAACAAACAAGUCUACACAGAAUUCCUCAAAAUUUUGAACUUGUUUUCCCAGGACCUGAUCGACACAAACGAACUUGUUGACAAAGUCGAACAUUAUCUAGGAGGGAACUUGGAGCUCUUUGACUGGUUCAAAAGUUUUGUUAACUAUGUUGAGAAGCCAAAAACUCUCGAAAACGUAGUACACGAAAAACAUAGGCUGGACUUGGACAUGUGCGAAGCCUGCUGCCCUAGCUAUAAAAAGCUUCCUAAGACCGACACUUUCAUGCCAUGCUCAGGCAGAGACGAGAUGUGUUGGGAGGUCCUGAAUGACGAAUGGGUAGGCCAUCCAGUGUGGGCCUCUGAAGACUCUGGAUUCAUAGCGCAUCGCAAAAAUCAGUAUGAAGAAACUUUGUUCAAAAUUGAAGAAGAGCGGCACGAAUAUGAUUUCUAUAUUGAGGCUAAUUUGAGAACUAUUCAGACCCUGGAGACUAUUGCUAAUAAAAUUGCGAGUAUGACACUAGAGGAAAGGCAAACAUUCAAACUACCACCUGGUUUGGGGCAUUCUUCCCUCACAAUCUACAAGAAAGUCAUCAGGAAGGUUUAUGAUAAGGAUAGAGGCUUCGAAAUCAUCGACGCCCUUCAUGAGAAUCCGGCUGUCUCUAUUCCCAUUGUCUUGAAAAGACUGAAGCAAAAGGAUGAGGAGUGGAGACGGGCUCAAAGAGAGUGGAAUAAAGUAUGGAGGGAGUUGGAGCAAAAAGUGUUUUACAAGUCCUUGGAUCACUUGGGCCUCACCUUCAAGCAAGCUGAUAAAAAGUUGCUUACUGCCAAACAGCUUAUAUCCGAGAUCAGCAGCGUCAAAGUUGAUCAAACCAAUAAAAGGAUAUAUCCAUUCACACCAAAGCCAGAAAGUCAGUUGGAUUACCAUCUUAAAGACAAAGGAGUGCUUUUUGACAUUUUGGAUUUGGUCACUGUGUUCAUUAAUCAAAGCGCUACAUAUUCUGGUGCUGAUAAACAGAAGCUGAUUGAGUUCUUCAGGGGAUUCUUAUCCACAUUUUUCGAUAUCUCAUAUAGUGAGUAUGAAAGCUUAGAGGAGACAAAAUCGAAUCAACUAUCUGGUGAUGAAAGGGUGGCAACUCCCUCGCGAAAGAGGAAGAGGCAAGAUGACCACAUACUCAGAGAUUUACUCAGAGGCAGGCAUACAACGAAAAGAAAAAACGGCUCGGACAGUGGGCAGCAAUCGGAUGAACAAGACCUGUACGAAAGAGAAGCUGCCAGUAACGACGAAGAGGAGAUUAUUAGACAGGAGGCCAAAAACCCCUGGCUUUUAGGCAACGUCAUAGAGGAAGCGAACGACCACGGGUUUGUUCCAAACAGGAAUGUCUACAAUAUGUUUGCUAAUGCAAAUAUAUAUGUGUUUUUCCGCCACUUAAUCACUCUAUAUCAGCGUUUGCGCGAGGUGAAAGAAUUGAAUCAAGAUGUCACAAAUGAUAUCAAAAACAGGAAAAUUGCCCAGUUUGCAAAAGACCUCAAUUUGUUAUCAAAUCAACUUUCUGAAAUGGGCUUGGAUUUCGGAGGAGCUGACGCUUAUCAGGAAGUUUUGAAUCUCUGUAGACGCCUGAUCGAGAAAGACAUCGAACAUCAAUGGUUCGAAGAAAGCCUACGCCAAGCAUAUAAAAACAAAGCCUUCAAACUCUACACGGUCGACAAGGUGGUGCAAUGGUUAGUCAAGCAUGCUCAUGCGAUUGUAACGGACGCCAAAACUUCUGAGAUUUUAAUUCUGUUCGAAAAGGACCGGACUUCUCCUACUACCAGCAGGCGAGACCAGAUCCUCUACCGGCUUCAGGUAAGGUCUCACAUGGGACUUUCCGAUAAUAUGUUUCGCAUUGAAUACAACCAACAAACUAAACACAUUAGUAUACAGUUUGUUGCAGUGGACGACCUUACGCUGAAGGAGCCGGAGUCGCUCAAAGAUCGCUGGCAAUACUACUUGACCUCAUACGCUCUUUCGCACCCCACUGAAGGAGUCCCACAUGAAGAAAUAAAAAUUCCUUUCCUCGUGAACAAUUUCAGAGAAGAUGAGCAGGACAGCGAGGUUGAAAAAGACUCGAAUGGUGGUCGAUCCGUCUCGCAGCUUCGUAUUCAAAUCAACCCUGAAAAUUAUGAGCUCCAAAUUGAGCCCAACUCCAAGGACGUUUUCACCACGCUCGCCACCAACAAGUUUCCAACUAAAGCGGCGCAUCAUAACAGUCAGGAAAGGGAUCAAAACAAGAAAAAAGCGAUCUCCUUUUUGAAUGGGGAGCACGGCUGGAAAAAGGGGUUGAGCAAAGAGAGAGCUACAGAAGCUGAGGCUAGACUCAACUACGUCAAGGUUCAUGGGGAGGUUGAAGUCCCAGCCGAAAAAGAAAAUCUAUCUCAGCAAAGCAGUAAAGCUGAGGUGGAUGGACCUGCUGAAAGGACCGGUGAUGAUACCGAUGUCAAAGGAGAUGACACCACUGCGGAGGAGAUAUAA